AUGGACGACCUUUUGGAGUUAGUGAUUUCAUAUUUUGGUAACUUUCUCAAUUACCCGGGAAAAUCAAUUAUUGAGGGCCGUUUCAUUGCAGUUAAUGCUGAAAGCUGGGGCGAAUCGUCAUGGGCAAAGAAGUCAUCGAAUCCAAAACCCCUUAGUUUCGAGACGACUUCCUGUGCCAGCGCACUACGACCAUUGCUCACCUCUGUUUGGAACUAUAUAUUAACUGAUUGGCGUGAUCGAGGGGAUAGGGUUUCUAUAAACAAAAUACGACUACAGCUUCCUCUUGUUAAUAUCUUGAGAAGGAUAGAUAUGCCAAUGUCUGCAAUACUCAUUCUCUUGGCAGUUAUCGUACUUCUUCCUUUCAUAGCCUUCUUGAUUCUUGUUGGGAAACUUUUCACUGGAAAGUCUAUAAAAAAUCCGGAAUAUCCUCCGAUUAAUGGAACCAUAUUUGGUCAAGUCUUCUACUUCAACACUCUGUAUGAUCAACAAACCAAAGAUGCCAAGAAGUUUCCGACGUUUAGGCUUCUGGCUCCCAGUCAGAGUGAUGUGUACACAAUCGAUCCUCGAAACGUCGAGCAUGUCUCAAAGACGUGCUUUGGCAAGUACAUAAAGGGAGAUGGCGACAAAGAGAUAAUUAAGGAUCUGUUCGGCGAGGGGAUAUUUGCGGUCAACGGAGAUAAGUGGCGGCAGCAGAGGAAGCUUGCGAGCCUUGAGUUCUCAACUAGGGUCCUCAGAGACUUCAGCUGUUCGGUGUUCAGGCAAAACGCUGCAAAGCUAGUCGGAGUCCUCGUCGAGAUGGCAGCUCAAGGGAGGGAUUUUGAUGUGCAAGAUAUACUGAUGAGAGCUGGACUGGACUCUAUAUUCAAAGUCGGGUUUGGGGUCGACCUAAACUGCUUGGAGGGUUGGAGCAAAGAAGCGUCCAACUUCAUGAAGGCCUUCGACAAUGCAAAUGCUUUGAUCUACUGGCGAUACGUCGACCCCUUAUGGAAGUUGAAGAGGUACCUUAACAUCGGUGCUGAAGCCUGCCUUCGGAAGAAUAUCGAAAUUAUCGACUCCUUUGUGAAUCGACUUAUCAGAACGAAGAGAGAACAGCUAGCAGAACAAAGACACAGUAACGAUAAGGAGGACAUACUAUCGAGAUUUCUUCUCGAGAGCAAGAAGGAUCCCGUGAAGAUGAAUGACAAGUACCUCCGUGAUAUAAUCCUAAAUUUCAUGUUGGCUGGAAAAGAUUCGACGGGCAAUACCCUGUCAUGGUUCCUGUUCAUGCUCUGCAAGAACCCCCUCGUGCAGGAAAACAUUUUCCAGGAAAUAAGGGACCUGAUUCCGAUCGAAGAUCCAGAGAGGGAAAGUAGAGCUGACCCUAACGAUUUCGUGGCAAAGAUCACGGAGUCAGUGCUCGAUCAGAUGCAUUAUCUUCAUGCAGCUCUGUCGGAGACAUUGAGAUUGUACCCAGCCGUUCCAUUGGACGGAAGGUGUGCCGAGACGGAUGAUGUACUUCCUGAUGGCUAUAAGGUGAAGAAGGGGGAUGGAGUCUACUACUUGAUAUACUCCAUGGGCAGGAUGAAGAACCUCUGGGGAGAGGAUGCAGAGGAUUUCAAACCUGAAAGAUGGCUCCGCGACGGGAUCUUCCAACCCGAAUCGCCCUACAAGUUUGCAGCUUUUAAUGCAGGGCCUCGGAUCUGUCUAGGAAAGGACUUUGCAUAUAGGCAGAUGAAGAUAGUCUCGAUGGCCCUUCUUCGGUUCUUCAGGUUCAAAUUGGCUGAUGAAGCUAGGACUGUGACCUACAGGACAAUGUUUACGCUUCAUAUCGAUGGAGGACUCUAUCUUCGUGCUACCCCUAGGAUGAGGUCAUAAAUCCAAUUCGCAUGAAUUUGAUGCUCAAUCUCACCAAUGUACUGAACUCAGUUAUUACGGUUUUGCAUUUUCUGUGCUGUCAUGGUUGCAUUAGAACAUAAUCUUGUAAAUACCAUCUGAUCAGACACAGGGAUACUUAUCCUCCUAAAAUAAUAAUAUGUUUGUCCCUUUUUUUUUCCCCAACACAA